AUGAGGCACUCAAAUUCCAAAGCUUUUUAUCUAAAUGAGCACCGCGAAUUGAAAUCGAAAAUGAUCAUUGCACCAAAAACGAUUAUUCAUUGUGAACAUCUGGCACAUCGUGCUGCACCAUUAGCACGUACACGAAGUGCGCUGCAAAUUUCACUUCAGUCAUCUGCGCCAUCAUCAUCCUCAUAUGAAGAGAAUGCAAAUCUUCAGGAGUCUGAAAAGUUGACUGCAAAUAAGUGCAGUACGAUGCAAAAAUCAAUUCCAAAGUUCAAAAAAAAUAUGAUGCAUUCCAAUGAAAUGUCGCAUAGUGUCACGACAACAACUGAUAGCAAUAAUAGUGGUAAUGGUAGUUGUAGUAAUACAUUGGAUCCAAGAAAUCACAAUUACUUACAUUUAGCGCCAACAGGACAAACGAAUCGCUUACUUUUGCAACACUAUUCAAAUACCGCUACUAGUUCGUCUUCAUGCUAUAGACCAGAGGAAAAUAUGCGAAAUGAUUGUGAGAAUGAACAAUUUAAGUAUUAUUCUAAUCAAAACAAAAGCUCUGACAUGACUGACACUUUUUCUUGUCCAGAAAAAUUUUUUAAACGACAUGUCGUGCGACAAGCUUCAUUCUUAGCGGCUGUUUCACGUGGUAAUUCUCAUCGAUGUAAAGAAAUACGAUCUAUUUCCAUUCAUGAUUUACGAUCGAAUAUGAAAAUUUCAAAUGAAUCCCUUCUAUGGCAAGAUACUGGUAGUACCACUCAUUUAACCCCAUAUUACACCAAUACAAUAAGGUCAAAUGAGUCAUCGUCAGCAGCUAUGUCAGGAUUUUCCACAUAUGCUUCUUCAGAUAAUAAUGAGAUCAAAAGUUAUUCAAAUAUUCCACAACAUUCAACAUACUAUGUAAGUGAUUGUAAUUGA